AUGGCAUCUUGGGAGUCGCUGAAAGCUAGGGCCAAGGCCCUGAAAUCUGAGCUAGACACCAAGAUGCAGGAUCUUGGACGCUUAAACAAGCGCCUCAGCACAGCAACCGCAUCGACACCAGCAGACCGUGUGGCAGAGCUCGAUGGGCAGAUUAAGCUGGUUGUCAGCUUGCGGGAGGAGGUUGAGAAGGGUCUGGGUCAGCUGGAGGACGCGAGCGAGUCCCUCGCAAAUGUGGCUGCGACGAGCGCCCAGGCGGCCCAAGCCGCGCGCUUCCGUGAGACCCACCAGGAGAUGCUUCGGGACUUCAAAAGAGUGGCCCAAAGCAUUGACCAACAGUAUCAGCAUGCCAGGCUGCUACCACAGGCCAGAAACAAUCGGUCGAGUGAUGACGCCGAGGAUGGAUUGAUGCGAGAACGAAUGGGUUUGAGCUCCUCUUUGUCCAUGGCAGAUGAAAUCAUUGGCCAAGCUAGCGCCACUCGCGACAUGUUGAUGAACCAGCGCAGUGUCCUGAACAGUGUUGGUGACAGAGUUGGAACUUUGAGUUCCAUGUUUCCUGGAAUCAACAACCUCAUCGACAAGAUUUCCGACAGAAAAAACAAGGAGCGCGUCGUUCUUUCGCUCACCAUAGCGUCUUGCUGCUUCUUCACUAUUUGGUACAAGUUCCUCUGA